AUGUCUAAAUUCUUUUCUUCCAGUUCAAUAAACAAGUAAAGAGAUCAGAAGGUGCUAAACCUCCUAAGAUGGAACUCACUAUAUCAGUAGAUGGUAUCACAAUACAAGAUAGACAAACCAAGGAGAAACAGUUCACCUAUCCAUUGCAUCACAUAUCCUACUGUGCUGAUGAUAAGUCUGACAAGAAGAUAUGUGCCUUCAUUGCCAAAGUUUCCCAAGAAAACAGGAAUGUAUGCCAUGUCAUGGAAAGUGACAAAAAUGCAGAGGAAAUCACAUUGACAGUCGGUCAAGCCUUUGACCUAGCAUAUCAGAAAUUUCUUUCAAAUGCUAACAAGACGCAGGAACAGCAGGAACAGAAUGACAAUCUAAGAAAAAGGGUGAGCCCUAGCCCCUCCCACUCCCCCCGGAUAGGCCGCAGCCCUGCCCACACUCCCCAGAUGGGUCGCAUGUAUUCUCAUGGUACAUUCAGGACCGAUUCUCCCCCAAGUCGAGGAGCCACACCCCCUGGUAUUGGUACUCCUCCUCGGGUGGUUACCCCUCCUACAUCCAAACAGGGUGUAUCUCCUAGGAUUACUAGGGCUCCUCAAGCAACUCCCAUUAUUUCAGUCACACCCGAUCCAUCUAUAGGAGCAUCUCUUCCUCCUCCACCUCCUGAUUUUACUGACAAUACAACCCCUAUACUCCACCCUUCUCCACCCACACCUCCUCCUCCUCCGCAAGGAGCACCACCAUCUUACAUUACUCAUCCUACCACUAAUCCUAAUCCCACUUGUGACACCCUUCAUAAUACCAUCUCACCGCAAGAUCAAAUCCAAAAUACUCCUCAUCCUGAAGAGGAUUUGCAUGACAGACCUAAUGAACUUUAUGUACCUGGUGACAUUCUAACAACUAAAUUAUGAAUUUCAAUUUGCUCAUGUUUUUAUACAGCAUUCAGUGUGCUAGCUUUCUAACCAAAGAUAUUGCUAAAUCAUAAUGAUGAUGUAAUUUUAGCUGAAUUUCAUGAUGAUUUUCUUUAUGAAUGUUUAGUUAGUAACUUCAAAUAAAAAUUACAACUAAUUUAUUUUAGUAGAUAUAUUUUAUAAUUCAAAAUAUCAAUAAUGUAUCAUAUUUUUGAGUUGGUAAGGAAAGUACAUGUAGACAACAUUUUUUUUGUGUAUGAUGUCAAAAUAUUUUAUGCGCAACACCCCCUCCAAAAAAAUCUUUAAAAUUCCAACUUGUCCAAUUGAAUAUUAGAUAUUUUACUACAUUAUUAUGACCAAAUGAGAUAGACUUAAUAAUAAACUUAAGCAUACUGUAUAAUACAAAAUGAGAUAUGUUAUUUGUAAUUUGGUAUAUUUAAUUGUAAACCAAAGAGAGAGAGAGAGAGGGGGGAGAUAGACAAGCUGGAUAUUUAUAUUGGUGAAAAGGAGAUAUAAUAUAUAUUUUUUAUUUUUUAGUUUGUUGUUUUUGUUUUGUGGUCUUUUCUUUCUUUAUAUUUCUAUCAAAUGUCUUUCCUGUUGAUAAUGUGUUUAUGAGCAUGCUGCAAUAUAACCUUUAUCAUAGAUUUGGAGUUUGUAAUUGUACUUGAAUUUUCAGCUUCAUCAUUCUGUUUUUGUUAUUUCCAUUCAUAAAAUUUUGUCUUGAAUAUGUGGUUUAUGCAUGUACAUUUUAUAUUGAUUAUUGUUUAAUUAUUAUUUUAUUUUUUAUUUUUAUUACUAUACUUUAUUACAAAAUCAUUUUCCAAAGAGAGCAGGCUCUCUGUAGCCAAACAGCUAAAACAGAGGUCCUUUAUUUUUAAACUUCAUACUUGACAUUUUGAAGCAAAUAUUUUCAUCUUAAUGAUUUGUAUUUUUUUUAUUGAAGUGCUCUUAAAGUACUUACCCAAAUUCAGUACUGCAGUAAUUUCUUUGUGAAAACAGAUAUUGAUGCUAAUAGUGGUAUAAAUUAUCUUUUUGAAAUAGCACUUAUAAGGAAGACCACAUUGUCUUUCAUUUUUAAUAAUUUGAUGAAACAAAAAUCAAAAGCUAUUUAGAUGAAUAUUGCUACAUGCACAUGUUAAUAUUUCAUCAAGGUUCUAUAAAGCAUUAAGAGGCUUGGCUAUUAACCAGAAAGUGUUUAUUCUGUUUCUGUUUAUUCCAAACAACAUCAUGCUAACUUCUCUUUCAUUUCUUGGCCCCUGUAACAUAACACUUAGGAAUUGAUCACAUGGCUGCUUUAUACAAAGUAAUUGCAUUGAUUAUUGUGUAUGAUCUGUUAUAAAAUCAACCCUAAAAUCAAUUGCUAAGCUUUAUGUUAUACUGUGCCCUGAUUACUAACCAACUUCUGCAUUCUAAUGUCAUUGCCUUCUGCCUUUAUUUAUUUGUAUUUUAUCAGACUAAUUAUCAUACAUGUAUAUGGUAAGUAGAAAUCUAAUACCCAUUUUUGUUGUUGAUAUUAUCAAUGUACUUGUAUUGAAAGUGGAACUGCCAUGCGUACUGAUCAACCCUUGCAUAGAUUUCAGUCACCCGUAGUAUUUCACCUGUAGUACAUCACCCCUAGAAUAGAUUGUACCCUUAGUAUCAAUUAUCAUUUAUGUGAAAUUUCAUUAUACAUGUAGUUUAAAUGGAUAAAAAUUGAAAUGGUGAAUAUAAAGUGAGAAAGCAAUUUUCAUGAGAAUAAAACAUAAUAAGUCAGAGCCUCGUGUAUUAGCAGGAAUCAUGCAAGCCUCUUUUCAGCUGUAAUCUUCACAUAUCAUCAUAGAUAAAACAAUAGGGAAUGCAGCUAUGAAAGAAGAUAGAUUCCUGAUGAAAGAAUGGCAUUAACUUUUGUUGAGGUACUUUCAAAGCAAGUUUGUUUGCUCUUAUCUUAAAAAUCCCUUUAGCAAAUGAGCAUUUAUUAAUUUGUCUAUAUUUAAGAAAAGUACCCUAUAUUUAAUACAAAAACGUGAUUGCUAAAUAUAUUUGAAGACCAUUUUUUGCAACAUCUAAUUUUCGAAUGAUAUUUUAGUUAUGCAACAUUAUGUACUUUCAACUGAUGCAAUCCACUUUCAGGUACCUUUAGAAUAGGGUUUGUUUCAUUGUAUGGAACAAAAUAUCAUUCUUUUGGAGUCUGUAAAAUUCUGUUUUUCAGUAUGAAUAUUAAGUUGAAAAGUACUCUUGAAUAACUCAUUGAAAGGACAAAGUGUAGAUGAUUAGUUAAAUUUAUUUUUAUACCCAUCGUUUUGUUUGAAAGUAAUAAAAAAAAUGAGCAUAAUUCUGAUGAGGUUUGGUAUUUGCAUGCCAUGAAACAUAAAGGCUAGGUUUUGAGAACAGAACAAACUCAUGAUGAAAUCAAAUUUCAUUUACAAGUUAUCCAUUAAUGAUAUUACAAUUCUUCCUGUAUUUUUGUAAAAUUCAGAAGUAUCAUUGUGUGUCAUGGUUGUUUCUGUUUGAUACGUGCAAUUGAUUUUAUACAAACAUUUUCUGACAUAUUGUGGGCAUUAAUUGUCUAUAUUAAGAUACAAUGACAAUGUAUUUACUGCUAUUGGAGAAGGUGAAGAAAUUCUGAAUUUUUGCAAAAUAAUGGUAUUUUCACUUACGGUUUAUCACUUGUCCUUUUUUUUAACAAUUGUUUUGGAAAACAAAAUAAUAGAUGCAGUGUCAUGAUCAACUGGAAAAUUUCAAGCAUGUUACCUUGAUAAACUUAAGUUGAAAUGAAAUGUAUACAUGUAUGUGUUAAAAAUGGAUACCAAAAUAUUUUGUUCAGUCCUUUAAGCACCUGGCAUAUGACAUCCCAAAUGUACAAUGCUUGUCUUGAUAUUUCCUUGUACCAAUCCCCUUGAUAUGAUACAUUUAAAAUGUGUGUUUCAUUUUCAAUAAUCCAUAGAGGUUCAAUCGUCUAAAUUUGGAAUAGAUGUACUUUCAAUCCUCAAAUUGGUGAAACUUAUAAUACAGGGAUGUAAGUCUUCAGGAUAAAUGAGGAAUAUUUUUUGGACAGAAACAAAUAUGCCAAUUUUUUCUAUCCUUCCUGCUUUCUGCUCUAUAUUGCACUAUAUUGCACAAUUUGACUCUGCCAAAUAUAGUUUUUUAAUCCACACUGUUAGGGGGGGGAUACCUGUACUUGGUCCAACUUGGUUGCUUUGUUCCUCACAUCAUUUGUAAUUUCAGGAUUAUUUUUGGCUAAACACUUACAUCUCUUAUUAUAUAUAUUUUUGAAAUUUACCCAGUUACUUGAUGUGAAACAGAAUCAAAUAAGGGUAAAAGCAUGUUAAAAUAAACAAAUUGUAAGAUUAAACCAAUCUGCAUUUCUAAACAGUGAAUUCAUCAUUUUCAAUUACCAAUUUAGAUAUUGUAAUUGUUUCAUAAAGGAGACUCCCAAUCUCUAUGGGUUAAAGGAAAAGAUUCUUCUUGGUUUUAUGUUUUAAUACUUGACAUCAUAGAUAAUUUUGCAUGUUGAAUUGACUAGCUUGUAACACUUAUUUUGUUUUUUAAUUAUUGAAGUUUAUUCAUGUUCAUGGCAGUUACUUUUGAAAUUCAGCAUUUUAAAAAAUAAAUUACAUGUUUGAUUGCAACCAUUCACACUCCAUAUCCAGAAUAUGUGUGCUACGUUUGUAUUAAUUCAUUCUAGAAAGUUGUUGAAAUAAUUGCAAUUUAUAAUCAUAAUGCUUGCUUUUCAUGCAUGAUAUAAUCAUCCCAAAACAUUAAUGCUUUGUAUUUUUGUUUCCAUUUUAAUAAAUUAAUUUCGCAAAAUA